AUGAAUUGGAAAAUGUUUUUGCUUUGUACAUUAUGUGUGAUAGAAAACGCGAAUGCUUUUGUUAAGAGGAACGUAGAGAGUUCAACAUCAAAUAGCAUAUUAGAUUCGUUCCAGCGGAACAUGGAUCGGUUCCGUGACUGUAUGGACAAGACGUUAGCCGCUGCUGUAAGUGAAGUCAACGAAAAACAACUCCAACCUAUUUUCAGUGCCCUCGGGGACCAACUUAAUAAGUUCUCCAAAGUGGUUGACAUCCUCACCGCCCCGACAACGGUGACCACCACA